CAACCUUCAAUACAAAACCCAAAUGUGAAUAUUUCCUCGUAGCUUCAAUUACUAGUACAUGUGAAACCUGUUUACAACUCUCGGUACCAAGUCGAUCGAGGAGAAAUGGUGUCCAAUAACUGAAGGAAAAGCUGAUUUUGUUCUGAAUUCUGGUUGCCAUAACAGUGACUGCUACUCUCGAAGCUAUAAGUUAAAACAUUAAAAAAACGAAGAGGGUUGACGAACAUGAUAAAAARCAACGAUAAAAAGAUAAGAGAGCUCCAGAUUGCUCGUGAUAAAUCAGAUGAUAACAUUGUAAGUACUGCAUGGUUUGGGGAAGCCAUCAAGAAGUACAAACGCAGAGCUGAAUGCCUAGAGAARUGCCAUAUUUAUGUCUACCGAGCGAUGCACAGCUACCCAACUCUAUCUUUUGUAAAUGAAGACGGGAAAACAAGCAUAUAUGGAAGCCAGAGCUUCUACCUUCGYAACCAGUGGCAGUCAGGGGGRGGUUACUGGUACAGAGAUGCUGGGAUACAUGGGGUUCUAGAUACWGAUGAUUUYCUGGAAUCGGAACAAUUGCAAAAMCUACAGGAAGCUGCAAAUCCUUCAAAAGGGGAGGAUUUUCCAGAAAUUACCUUGACCCCUUUUACAGAUGAAGAACAUGAUGUCAUUCAGGAAUGUGUAGUCCCAUUUGUGAUGCGUCUGGAUGAGGUUUUUUCUCAGGAAGGGAAAAGUCUGAAGGAUUAUGGUUAUAACCUGAGUAAAAAAGAGGAGUAUGGCACAGCUCUUAAUGGUAAUGGGCUUUACCGACAGGAAGUCAAAGGGGUUGACAGGACAUUGAAGCUUAGAAUGUUUAAAGCUUUGCAUUUACUAUCAAUUCAUGCUUUUUAGUUCUUGACUUUGGCAUUGGAGCCAAAGCUCAUGAUUGGGGGUUUGCUUCAGAUCGCUUUUCCUUUUCCAUGCUCUAAUAUCACUAUCUUAUAUUAGUAUAAACAUACUAAUGGUCUAUCACUCAUACUGCGCUGUGAUUGGCUACUCUACUAAUGGUCUAAUUUGUG